GGAGGACAUUGCAGUCAAGCCCUCUGCCAGUCAUAAAACCAACCAGACUCUUGCUCCAAGGAGUCCUAGUGAUGUACUGAGGCAGCAACUUUGAUUUUACAGUAGAAAUUCUAAGGGAAGUCUGAUUUUUGUGAUUCAUAGAGAAGCAUUGACCAACAAAAGGUGACGGAUUUUGAUCACAAUCUUAAUUGGACACUAGCAUUUGGGCUGUGGAGGAGAAUGAAAAAGUAUUAUCUGGCCUUACUAAUACUGGUCUGCUUUUUCUCUACAGUGGAUGCUUCACCAAGAUCUAAAGUUGUGUUGAUGGGUUUAGGAGCAGCUUUUGCAAUUUCUGCUGCUCAGUGUUUCAUAGCUGCACUUGGAUUCACUGCCACUGGAAUAGCAGCAGGUUCUUGGGCAGCCAAAUUAAUGUCAAUCGUCGCAAGUUUCAAUGGAGGAUCAGUGCCACCUGGAAGUUUUGUGACCACACUUCAAUCCAUUGACUGCCUACCCACAAAAGCUUGUGACAUCAUGCCAUUCAUGUUUGACAUGGGACUCCUCCAAUCUCUCUGCAAGUGUUUACAGUCUGGCUGGAAAGCCAGCCUUUACAUUGCAUAUUCUCUGCUGCUGCUCCAGAACUAUCCUCUUCAUCAAUAAUCCCAAAGUUCAGCAUCUUCGUCAAGCUGAGUAAAGCUUGGCGUAUAUUACAGCUGCUAACACAGACUCUCCACUGCUGUCCCUUUCUCCACCAUAUGCUCUUGCUCACCAGUGAGGUGUGAGAUGCCAGGUGAAAAGCCAACGAUCUUCCUUGUUGGUCGUAUCAAUGCGAUGAUGUCUUGGAGAGAUUAACCACGUGCGUGGACCAUCAAACUUGGCAAUCAAAUUCAUGUCCAGGCCAUCACCAAUGGCUUGCACACUAUGAGUGCCACCUUAAAUGGCCCUGGCUUUUCAUUGCCCUACUGACCAGCGACAAAGUGCUCUUCAGCUCGUUGAGGGCAGAGGUGUGAGGGUGGGCCAUGAAAGAAUCAUGGUAAAAGGGUACAUGGAGAGAAAGUCUCUGUUCAAAGUAUGUACACUUCUUAACAAAAACAGAAU